AUGAACUCUGUGAAUUCACAGGAAAAGCCUCUCGAGCCCAAAACUCGAGAGGCAUCGAUUGCAGAGUUUAUCGACAGAACCAGACAUAUCCAGGAGGAGCAUCCUGAGGUCGACUUUACCAAGUCGGUCAUUGAACCAACCAUGAACCUGACCUACGACAUCAAGGAAAAUGUCGAAGAAGAAACUCGAAAGAAGCACGAGUCUUUAAUCACUCUGAUGCUUCAAAACACUGGCGACCUGGCAAAGGCGGAAAAGUACCUCAUGGAGGCGAGGGACUGUCUCAAGGGAUAUCCAGACAUUCUCAAACAGUUUGACGACAUCUACAUCAACAAGAGACCUGUAUCGGUCAUGCUCGGACAGUUGCACGAGUGUAUGACCCUCAAGAAUUCUCAGUAG